AUGUACAGUUGGGGCGACGUAGAAGGCCAAAGGCCGAGUACUAACCACGAAAGAAUGGAAGAUAAAGUUAAUGACAGUCAUACUUAUUUUGAUGCCGAGUCAUGGAGACAAAUAGCUUAUGACACAAAUCCAAUUGCAAGUUUCUUACAUGAUUGGAGAAACUGUGGAUAUGCUUAUAGACGCAAAUUGUCACCAACCGCUUAUUGUAGAAUGAUAGCAGAAUUUGAACCUUAUGUACAACUAAUUGAUGAUGAAAUUUCAACUCAGCGGCAUAUUGUACUUAUGCAGUGUGCAUCGCAUGAUUUUUAAACUAUACCUUGAUGAUGAAUUGAUUUUAUUUUAUAUUAUGCACCUUAAACAAUUACAAAG